CAGAUAUGACGGAGCCGAGAAAUGGCAGAAAAAUCAAUUUCAGAAAACAAAAACAAUCAGCUAAACCAAACCUUCAAUAGCCCAAAAACAAAUCAGGCGAUUUUUCAGAUAUCCGAAUAUGCAGUCGAAUCUGUAUCACAGAUGCUUGCCUGGAUCCACUACCACCACUUCGCCAUUCUUCUCCUCCAAUCAAGCACUCAAAUCUCUGAUCAGUUUCUCCGUCUGUAGAGCCUGUGAAGGCAGUCUCUUUUCGGGUCUUUCUAUCGUCUGAAUCAUCAAGAUCAUUAGGUCUGUUUGGGCUCUUCUCGAUCCCAAUCUCAGGUCACAAAACAGCUUUGGAUAUCAUCCAUUCAUUUGAUUUUUAAAAAUUGAAGCCGGUUUGCAGGUUCUUCAAAAUCUCUGAUUCCAAAAAUAUUCAUUCUUUUUCCCUUAUUUUUCUUUUCAUCUCUGUGAAGUGUUAUCUGAAACCCGCUGUCCUGGAGUCUAGAGCUGAGAUCUUGACAUUAGAAUUCCUGCAUUUCAUAAUCGAAAACCAUGAAUUCCUAUGAACCACCUCUGAUCUAAAUCUCAGAGCAGGAAAAAUCUAUCUCCCAAAAACCAAUCUAACGAGUAUUUUACUUCUGAAGUUUCGCUAAUUGCAUUUUAAAUCCUAGAAACUGAAGUCCUAAAAUCACCAAAAUCAAAUAAAAAUUUCUCCCCUUUGCUUGCAUUUCUUCACUCCACAGAAGAAGAAAAAACAAGCCCUAAAAUCUAAAAGAUCUAGACAUUCCAAAAUCAAUCCGAAAAUACCCUUUGCAAGUUUUCAGAUCCGCCUACAAAGAUCAAUUCCAGCAUUUCAUACCUUUAAUCAGUGAAAUCUCAGACGGUCAAUUUCCAUAGAUCUAGAUCUACAGGCGGGGAUCCAUCAACAGGAGACAGCAUGUCGGAGGCGGCGAAGAGGGUGGUGGUGAUCCAGGACGCAUCAAGAAACAUCAGUUCGAUCGCAAUCAAAUGGAUCUUGAAGGGUUUACAACUUAAGCCCGGAGAUACACUCAUACUCCUUGGUGUUCUUCACCAGGUUAAUACUCCUAGUGCCUUUCAUUUCAUGGGAGCCAAGAAUCUGUUGGGAUGCAAGGGAAUCAGCUCCAAUCCAAUUGUUGGGGUGAACAAGACAAUUAUUAAAGAAGCAGUCGAAAGUAAAAUGGAAGAGUAUGACAAUAGCACGGAUGUUGCAGAAAUUCGUAUGCUGUAUGAAACAAACCAGGUCGAGUUCAAUGUAAAGGUGGUGGCUGCAGCUUCACCGAAGAUGGUUGCUUUGGACAUUGUCAAGAUGUCAAGGGCUACAUGGAUAAUUCUCGACAGACGGAUGAAGAAAGAUAAGAAAUACUUCCUGGAAGGGCUAACUUGUGGAAUUUCAAGGAUGAAGCGUGAUGACAUCGUUGUAGAGUUGAGAGGACCAAAAGACAAAGGCACCAACAAAAUGCAGGCAGUUGGAAGAUUGAAUACUGCUGUGACAUGUGAUGAGAUGAUAGCAGGGACAUCUGACGAUGAGAUAUCACCAAAGACACCAGGGACAUGUGACUAUAAGAUACCACCAAAGGCACCAGCAACACCAGAAGAAGAUCUUUUCAGCUUGGAACUCUCUCCUUUCAGUUCUGCACGAUGAGUGCCACGCCAUCUUCUGGUGGGCCCACCUUUUCAUUCCCAUCCACGUGUCUCAUGUACUUGAUAUCUUCGUUGUGCAAAACACAAGACUGAUGAGUUGAAGUAACAACUGCGUAUUGUUAUGAUGCGAUGUAUGGUCUGAUGAACGGUUUGAUAGUUGCAUGGGCAUCUUGAAGGUGGG